AUGGGUUCUUCAACAUCAAAGCAUCCCUUCAAUGCGAAAUUUUUUUCAGAAACGUUUCUCGCUGACAUAGGUUGUGACGAUAAAGGUACCGUUUUGUGCAAGGAUGAGAGUUUGCCAUGUCUAAAUGGUGGAGUUUGCGCACUUUAUAUAUCCGAAAUCGAUGACAAGUGCAUUAAACGCUGCAAGUGUACUGAUGAUUACAUUGGUGAUUAUUGUCAAUUCUAUGCUGGAUUCUAUUCUGCUACAAUCGGUUUAGUCGUUGGACUAUUUGUUACACUUUUAAUAAUCUUAUUCGCGGUUAUUUUAAUUUGGUAUUGUUGCGCACGAAAAAAACGAAGAGAAAAAGAAAAUUACCAAGCUGAACGAUUGCCACCGAGAACAUGUUUGUCUAAUCGAAUUAAUCGAAAUAAUAUGGUUUGCGAAAGUAGUCGUGCAAUGAUGAAUAGGAAUAAUAAUGAUAGUAAUAAUCCAAACAAUGAAACUGAUGUGAACAAUGUUACACCAUAUGCUAGUUUUGUUAAUCUAGCACCAGGACAGACACGAGGAUACUCUACUUCGCAAUCGUUUAGUGUAUACGAAAAUGUUGGUUGGGGUGAAGAGUUCGACUCAUCUAAAUAUGAUUUAAAUGAUCCGAUGUCAACUUAUACUUACGAAACACAAGGUCAAGUUCAUUUAGUUGAAAUUGAUAAUUCAACUGAAACAUACUUAAAUAGGAAUACAAUUGAUGAUAAAGAAACUUCUUAUUCAGAAUAUGGUUUAUUAACUGAAAGAUCAGUAACAGCACAACCAGUAUUGCCUAAUCAACGGGAGAUGAUUGCUUAA